AUGCGACUAUUUGAUGGGCUCUCGUCGUUUCCUCUUCUACUAGUGCAAGUCACUCGCUUUAGUUGCGGGAGUGUAUGCCUUGGAUUUGCGCAACAUCACCAUGUAGCGGAUGGAGCUUCGUGGUUGCACUUUAACAACUCAUGGGCAAGGCUAGCCAAAGGGCUCGAACUCGAUGUUUAUCCUGUUCAUGAUAGAGCUAAUUACCUUGCUCCUCGUGACCCUCCGCUAGUUAAGUUUCGUCACUUUGAGUAUGAGCCGUCCCUCCCAUCCUUAUUACCAUUCAAGGGGUUAUCAAGUGAGAUGGUGACGACAACUGAGUGUACGUUCAAGCUCACUAAAGACCAAAUGGACACCAUAAAACUACAAGCAACAUCUCAAGAAGUAACAGAUUACAAGCUAAAAAAGAAAGGAGAUGUUACAUGCAAACCAUUGUGGUAUGGUGCGAGUAAGAUUCAUGAGGCAAUCAGCAAACUGAAUGAUAUCGAGUAUCUAAUAUCAGCUAUUGAUUGUGUGGAAUCACACCCAGAUCUAACGACUAUUAUUCGUGGGCCACAUAGUUCUGUUUGUCCAAACCUCACAAUAACUUCUUGGACUAGAUUACCUUGUUAUGAAUGGGGUGGGCCCAAAUUUAUCGGCAUAAAUGGGCUCAAAUAUGAUGGUCAAACAUACAUUACACUAAGUUCAGACGCGGAUGGUAGGUAUAUAGUGGUUGUGGCACUUUUCACCCCUCAUAUAGGCUUGUUUGAAAAGUAUUUUUAUAACUUCUACAUGAUUCGUGAAUUGCUUCAUCAAAAGUUCAAAAAUAGUUCUAUCUAA